AUGCGUAGGGCUCUCGGGCCUUGCUGCCGGUAGACCCGAAGUGCCGAUCGCUGGGGGGCUCGGAUGUGAAGAUGGGGGGAUGCGCGGAGAUGGUAGACAGGCACACAUGGCACACAUAUAGGUACAUAAACAUACAACAAACACACAUACACACAUGCAUACAAACCUACAAACACCCCAAGAUGGAAACGCGGUCCGCCUCAGGGCUAGGCAGAGUCCCUUGUAUAUUGGCAACGCCCGGACUCCUAUUUUCUUCCCGACACAAAAGGACCGUCGAGCGGAAUCUGCUGGGCUGAGACACUCGGGGACGCUCGAUGCUUGUGGGAGCAUUCGAGAGGUGGCGGGUGCGGGAGGACGUGCGGUUCUUGACGCUGACCAGUCCACUGGAUCAGAGCAGUGGAUUAGAGCAGAAGGGAGUUGGGUGGUGGUGAUACUACGGGGUGUGUGCGCUGCAGGCUGUCCUGUGGUGUCCUGCAAGAGUGGCACCCGCACAUCAAGGCCCGACGACAUGACGGGACGGGUUGGCCUAAGCUCCAGCGGGCAGCAUCAGGCGGCCCAAUCACUAGGGGAGGAUGCCAGGGUCCCCGGGCCAGGGCCUGACGCCACACUGGCUGACCGCCCGAGUUGCACGACGGGGCAGGGCGUGGGGCGGGGGGGAGACCUGAGAUCGAGAGGGGAAAAGAGGGCGCAACGUAUCCACAACUACGUCUGGCACUGUAUCCCACCCGUACCAAAGCCAGCCCAAGUUUGGUGCCAGCCAAGGCAAAAAGACGAGAAGGAGCUCCACAUGCACAAGCGACUCGCUGAACAGAACCGCACCAGUGCUCCUGCCUGGCCUGCACCCUCGACCAAUCCCAGGCAGUCAAUGGCGUCAGGUUGCCACCCUCUGGUCUGUUGCUGGGUCUGCCCGCGACGCGACCCACGCAGCUCUCUGCCUGCUUCUGCUCUGCUGCUCCGCGCCCGCCCAGAAUCCGACUUCGAUCCCGCUAAGCUCCCUCUCAGACGACCUCUGGCUGGCCCUCCUCUGGUUCCAGCCCGCACCUUGGGUCCAUCCAUCCAUCCAUCCAUCCGGCCUGGACCUCGCCGGCCAGAAGACGGCGAGCCGCCAAAGCGCAUGCCGGAAUUGACUUCGCUCCCGCCACAGCACCGAAUUACCUUUGCCGCCUGCAUCUGCUGCUGCAAGCCACUGCAUUGCCCGACCACCUCGAUCCUCGCUUCCUGA